CCCCGACUCCCUGCCCUCGUAAUAUAACCUUCAUGAAACAACAACUCAUUUAUACUGAUAUUUUACUGGUAUACUGGUAUACAAUCUGGUCUAUAAGUAUAGGGCCUCACGAUCAUUCAUAAACCAUGGCAGAGAAACAGACAAAUAUUUCUGAAAGUAGAGGAGAUUCCACAAAAGAGUUGUAUUCCUCUCCCUGGGUUCGGAGUCCAACCACUGCACAGCUUACAGAUGUGGCGAAGGAACUAGGGUUUCAUUUGGAAGGUGAAGAACUCAAGGUUUUCCAUACAAUGAUAAAAGGUAACAUUGAUAUGAUCAACAGUACUGAGUCUAUAGUCGAGCCACAGUUACCAACUAGGUAUCCAAGACUUCCUGGAUACAGACCAGACUCAAAGGAGAACCCCUACAAUGCUUGGUACUGGAAAUGUGAAAUCAGAGGAGCAACCUCCGGCGGCAAAUUGGCGGGAAAACGAGUAGCUAUUAAGGAUAAUAUUGCCGUGGCAGGGGUGCCAAUGAUGAACGGCUGCCAUGCUCUUGAAGGCUAUACGCCAGACUUUGAUGCUACUGUGGUCACAAGGAUAUUGGAUGCCGGGGGCAUAAUCAACGGGAAAACUAUUUGUGAAAACCUCAUCUCGUCUGGAGGAAGUUCAUCAGCUGCUAAGGGUCCCGUACGAAACCCACAUGAUAACACACGCUCAAGUGGAGGAUCUAGCUCUGGAAGUGCUGUAGUAGUCAAGAUAGGCGAAGCAGACAUGGCCAUCGGUAGUGACCAGGGCGGGUCAGUGAGGCUCCCAUCAGCAUGGAGUGGUAUCGUAGGAAUAAAACCAACCUUUGGUCUGGUGCCUUACACUGGAGCCAUGGGGAUGGACGCUGCCAUUGACCAUCUUGGACCUAUGGCACGGACGGUCGAAGACUGCGCUCUCCUUCUCGAGGUUAUUGCUGGAUACGACGGAGGGAUGGAUCCUCGGCAACAACCAAACAUUACAGUUCCAGAAUACACAAAAGAGUUGGAGAACGCAAACAUCAACGGCCUUAAGAUCGGUAUACUUGAAGAAGGAUUCACGGCAUCUAAUGCCGAUCAGGAAGUCAACACACUUUUGAGAGACGUCAUCAGCAAACUGGCGGAUAUGGGAGGUGACAUCCAGGAAACAUCUAUACCUCUACACUUAAAAGGACCUGCAAUUUGGCAGUGUACGGCGGAAGGCAAUUACGAAAACAUGGUAAAACUUGGAGGAAACGGUACUGGGCACACAGGUUAUUACCCAACAAGUUUUGCCAUUGCAUUGGGUAAAAUGUUCUCGUCAAGACCAGACGAUUUACCAGAUACAAUGAAGUUGGUAAUGUUACAAAGCGAGUACUUGAAGCAGAACUACAUGAGUCAGGUGUACAAUAGAGGUAGGAAUCUGGUCUUCACACUCCGCCAGGCCUACGAUGAUGCCUUGAAGACAGUGGAUGUGCUAGCUCUACCAACUAUUCCCUUCACAGCGACUAAGCUGCUGGCGAAAGGGGCGACGAUGCAAGAUUACUUCAAGAACUGCUUCGCGAUGACCCGUAACACCAUUGGCUUCAAUGUGACUGGUCACCCCGUCCUCAGCGUCAACGCGGGCUUCCUCCAUGGCUUGCCCGUAGGUCUUAUGCUGGUUGGAAGACAUCAUGAUGAACUUACGCUCUUCAAAGUCGCACAGGCCAUUGAGAAAGUCAGAGAUUCUUUCCAGUAAAGCAAGGGGGUCUUCAAAAAUAUAGGGAUAUGGGUCGGGUGGCAAUAUUAGGUAUUAUGUCUUAGGUAUUAAAUUUGGAUGGCUGUGAAAGAUUACUUCAUGAACUGCUUUAAGAUAACUCGUAACGUCAUCGGCAUCAUUUCCCGUCCUGAGCACCAAUACAGGAUUACUCCAUGGUUUGCUCGUUGGAAGACAUAAUUAGUUUUAAUUUGAAUUCAUUGAUUUAUAUCACAUAUCCCAGCAAGGCUGAUGGUCCAUUCAAUACAACUUUGUUUUCAAUCGGGUCCUUUACAAAGCUUGAACAGAGAUCUCUCGGGUUUGAAACUCGAUGGGGCGAUUUUUGAGCCUGAUUCUUUUGUUGAUAUUAUAGUAAGGUUGACAAUGACAAUGACAUUGACACUCAUGGUCUUCAAGGAAGCACAUGUAUUGUAUUGUAUUUAUUGAACUUCAUUGAUGUACACCAAUAUUCUGUUUAUAUAAACAU